UUUUUAAAAAUUAAAUUUUUAUUUUGAGAUCACUGUGUUCAGUUGUAAGAAACAAGAGAGAUCCUGUGUACCCUUUACCCAUUCCUCCAUGUUGCCAAACUAGCACAAUAUCACCGCCAAGGUAGACGCAGACAGUGAGGCCACAGGACAUUUCCAUCAGCAAAAGUGUCCCCUCUUGUGCCUCUUUAGAUCAACACCCACCCUUGCCUUCGAACUAUUAAUGCUGGCAGGACUUAGCCAGACCGUAAUGGCGCCUACUCCGAACAAGGAAGAGGGUCAGGCACUGGGAGGGCGACUGCAGGCGGACAGGCAGCACCUGCGCCCACGGUACUUGGGGACACCACAAAAGUCCGCGGGGGAGGCACCGCGGCACUUUCGCGAGCGCCGCAGGCCCUGACCCUUUAGCCGUGGCCGACCAAUUGCCGCCCGAAGGCCGAGCCGCUUCCGCCCGCGGCCGGGGAGGGCCGGAAGUGAGCGGCAGCUUUUCCCUCCUGCCGCGCCUUGUCCAAGAUGGCGGACCUCCACCGCCAGCUGCAGGAGUACCUGGCGCAGGGAAAAGGCGGCGGCCCGGCGGCCGCGGAGCCGCUGCUCGCCGCGGAGGAGGCGGAGGAGACCGGUGACGGGCCGGCGGGGGCGUGGUUGGGCCGCGCGGGCCUGCGCUGGACGUCGGCGCGGAGCCCCGCGGAGUCGGCAGCGACGGGCCUGGCGUGCUUCCCGAGUGUGACGCGCGGGCAGCGGCUGGCGGCGGGUGGCGGGUGCCUGCUGCUGGCUGCACUGUGUUUCGGCCUGGCCGCGCUCUACGCGCCGGUGUUGCUGCUGCGCGCGCGCAAGUUCGCGCUGCUCUGGUCGCUGGGCUCGGCGCUGGCGCUGGCGGGAGGCGCGCUGCUGCGGGGCGGCGCCGCCUGCGGGCGCCUGCUGCGCUGCGAAGAAGCGCCGUCCCGGCCCGCGCUGCUCUACACAGCAGCGCUGGGCGCCACUUUGUUCGCCGCGCUGGGCCUGCGCAGUACGCUGCUCACGGUGCUGGGCGCGGGCGCGCAGGUGGCCGCGCUGCUGGCCGCGCUGGUUGGGCUGCUGCCCUGGGGCGGCGGCACCGCGCUGCGCCUCGCGCUGGGUCGUUUGGGCCGCAGCGCCGGCCUCGCCAAGGUGCUGCCCGUGUGAGGACCUCGCGCCCUCGCCUCGGGUCAAGUACGCGGAGCCAGCGCCGUCGGAGACCGCGCCGGCCGAGCCGAGGACUGCACGGCGGUGCCCGGACGCCCGUGGCGAAGGCCCUGCCGCGACAGCCUGCGAGUCUAAGCCGGGAGCGGCUGCUGCCAGCGGAGGCGACAGCAGCGUUGGGAGCUCCUCGAUGUCAGCGUUUUGUCUGGACUUGGCACAUGCUCUGAAAACAGAUUUUGUCAUUGAACUGGUGACAGGAUGGGAGACGGUUAUUAGAAGUUGCUUUCGAGGUAACUGUGGUCUUAGGUUCGGCUGAGUAAAGAAAAAGGACUUUUCUUCGAAUUAGCUGCUCUUGUGAUUUUUCUCAGGCUAUUUUGUCGUUUUAAAAUCCAGUGGUAGAUGUAGCGUAGCGACGGUAGUUUUCUGUUUUGGCUGUACUAAGACUUGUAAGUUACUCUCUUCAGUCUGCGAAUCCAGACGGGUAUCAGAUUAAACACCGAAUUCAGCCACUGGACUUUUAAAAGUACUUAUUUAAGAUGGUUUAUCUCGGGUUUUUUCUUCAGUUAACAGAAUCAUAAAUAUGGUGCCUUAUAACAUGAAAGGAAAAUUAGUUGUGUAUUUCACGACGAAAGCGACGGACCAAAAGAAAUUUCCUGCCCCAAGAAGCAUGGGAUCCAGGAAGGGGCGCGUACAUGCUUAAUGGUCUGUGCGGAAAUCCUGCAAGUAGGAAGAUAAUUCUAGAUCCGGAAUACCUGUAUCUGAUGGAAACCAUGGAUUUCUACAAGCUCGAAUUAUUCCUCAUUGUAUAGUCUGCUUUGUAAACUAGUUUACAGUUUGCAGGCUGAUCUUAAGAUGUUUUAUAUGUCUAAUUGCUGCUUCCUUCAUUUUAGGUUCAGCAGUUACUUUUACCUACCUUAAUUUAUUGCCAGAAAGUAUGAGCCUAACAUUCUGAUGAGUCCAGAAAACUACGUUUUGUCAGUAGCAAUACACUAGGAAGUAAAAUAUAUUUAGAAUUUAAA